UGGUUUGGUUUGGUUCAGUCGAGAGAAGAGCGUGUUCGAGUGCACAUCGGCCGUGUCGUGUUUCGUUGCGUGUCGUGCCGCGAGAGAGCGUUCGGGUUGUUGGAUUUUUGUGGGGGACGGAUUUUGUUUUUUUAUUUCUCAGUGUGUGGUGGCUGCAAUCAAACUCAUGUAGAGAAAAAUGAAAGAACUGUGAAGUUUUUUUUUGCGAGUGUGUGGAUUAAUUUUUCGAGUUUUGUUUAUUGCGAGGCAUCGGAUUAAGGUGAAUACAUUAUGUUGGGGUGAAUUUGAUGAUUAGAAGCGGGUUUUAAGUAGCUGCCAUAGCAAGAAGUAUUGAAUGAAGAUAAUAAAACAAGUGAACCGUUACAAUAAAUUAAUAAGAAGAGAUUAAAAGAAAGCAACAAGCAAAAAAAAGUGAAUGUGUGUAAAAAGAAUAAAAGUGUGUUGCAGCCAAAAGAAAGAGUAAAAUAGUGCAAACAAAAGUGAAGAUUUAUGAGCAAAAGUUGGGAUUAAUUAGGAUUAUUCACCGACUUUCCUGCUCGGAGCCUGCUAGUAUUGGUGUUCUGGCCACAGGCACAAGAAAGGAUACCAGCAGCAGAAGUUGUGGCAGCAGGCCAGGAUUCGUGUGAAAAGACACACAAACACAGCCAAACACCGGCAGCGGUAGCCGUCGUCGUCGUUGUUGUUGUUGGUGGCGGAUGGCGACAUCAUAGUCGGCGGCGUUUUAUGUUGCUCUGAGCCAACUUGGAUUAUGUACACGGAAGAAGAGUAGUCGCAGCGAGCAAAAAUUGCAAAAUUUCGUCCUACCCAAAACAGGAGCAGAAUAAUAAAGAACGCUGCAUCCUUCCACGGCACUGCAUCUCUUCUUCUUGUACUUGGAAUCAACCAGGCAGCGACCAGAAAAAAUGGCAGUUAAAAGCGACCUCUUGAGAAUAGAUUUGCGUUUUGGCUGCCAGCGAGGAGGACAACAACAGCAGCAGCAGCAAGAGUUGACGGUGAUGACACUUCUGGAGUUCUGCAGCAGUCAGUAGAGCAGGUCGGAACUAGCAGCAAAGGGUUUCACCGAGUAAUGAAAAAAGUUUCAAGAGUUGGUGCAGUUAUCCAAGAUUGAGAGUAAAUUUUAAGGAUGUAACGAGGCUGAUAAGAACGACGCGUCCAAUCACAUUUCACAGUCAUCACACAGCAUCUCAUCGACGAAGACUAGAACAACAACAGCAACAACAGCAAACAAGCAACAACUGCAUUUAAUUCGUGCCAAGAUAGUCUGGAAGAAGAACUAGCUGAACGUCGUAGAUCGUAUCCCUCGGUAGAGAGAACAAAAACACAACAAAAACGUAGCAAAGUUAGGAACGGAACGCACAUAUCCGAUCCCCAACGUAACUAAGAAAAAACCCACAGCGUGCCUGGUGUCCAAAUAACGAACAAAAAAAAAACACCUUACGAAACACCUACGAACAAUAUCGCUCUGUAAUCGAUACCAAAAAAGAAACACUUUAGACAACAUCAACCAAUAGGACAACAACAACAACAAAACUCGAAAGCUCAUUUAGCAUCAUUUAGCACAAAACAAAACAAAAAACCCAACAAAUCUCAAAAAUGGGCAACAAAUGCUGCAGCAAGCGGCAGGAUCAGGAGCUGGCCCUGAGUUACCCGGGCGGGUACAAAAAGGGCGAAUCGUCGUUCAGCUCGAACAUGUCGGGCGGACCGAACAAGCACACCAACGGUGGCGGCGGAUCGCUCGAUUCGCGGUACACCCCCGACCCGAACCGGGGACAGCUGAUCAAGGGGCUGCCCAAGGGCGGCGUGGACAUCAUCAGGCCGAGGACGACGCAGCUCCCGCUGGGUGGUCUCGGCGCCAGGCGGAUAGUGGUCGCCCUGUACAACUACAACGCCCGCGAGGAAACCGACGUCAGCUUCGUCAAGGGCGACCGGAUGGAGGUGCUGGACGACACCGAGUCGGACUGGUGGCGCGUGGUGCACCUGAAAACCCGCCAGGAGGGCCUCAUCCCGUGGAACUUUGUCGCCGAGGACCGCAGCGUCAUGAGCGAGGACUGGUUCUUCGAGAAUGUCUCGCGGAAGGAGGCGGACAAGCUGCUGCUCGCGACGGAGAAUCCGCGGGGCACGUUCCUGGUGCGACCGUCCGAGCACAACCCGAACGGCUUUUCGCUGUCCGUGAAGGACUGGGAGGAGGUCCGGGGCUACCACGUGAAGCACUACAAAAUCAAGCCUCUGGACAACGGGGGUUACUACAUCGCAACGAACCAAACCUUCCCGUCGCUGCCCGCGCUCGUCAUGGCGUACUCCAAAAACGCGCUCGGCCUGUGCCACGUGCUGUCCAGCCCGUGCCCGAAGCCACAGCCGCAGGUGUGGGACCUGGGCCCCGAGCUGCGCGACAAGUGGGAGAUCAACCGCAACGAGAUCCAGCUGAUCCGCAAACUUGGCCACGGCAACUUUGGCGAGGUGUACUACGGCAAGUGGCGCAACAACAUCGAGGUGGCGGUCAAAACGCUCCGCGAGGGCACCAUGUCGACGGCGGCGUUCCUGCAGGAGGCUGCCAUUAUGAAAAAGUUCCGCCACAGCCGGUUGGUGGCGCUGUAUGCGGUUUGCUCGAAGGAGGAGCCGAUUUACAUCGUGCAGGAGUACAUGUCGAAGGGGAGCUUGCUGGAUUAUCUGAGGACGGGGGACGGGCAGUUUUUGCAGUUUGAGGAUCUGAUUUACAUUGCGGCGCAGGUGGCCUCGGGGAUGGAGUACCUGGAGCUGAAGCAGCUGAUCCACCGGGAUUUGGCCGCGCGGAACGUGCUGAUUGGGGAGAACAACGUGGCGAAGAUCUGUGAUUUCGGGCUGGCGCGGGUGAUAGCGGACGACGAGUACUGCCCGAAGCAGGGUUCGCGCUUCCCGGUCAAGUGGACCGCCCCGGAGGCCAUCGUGUACGGCAAGUUCUCGAUCAAGUCGGACGUGUGGUCGUACGGCAUCCUGCUGAUGGAGCUGUUCACGUACGGUCAGGUGCCGUACCCGGGAAUGCACAGCCGCGAGGUGAUCGAACAGAUCGAACGGGGCUACCGAAUGCCAAAGCCAACGAACCAUCACCUGCCGGACGACAUCUACGCGCUGAUGCUCAAGUGCUGGGACGCGAUACCGGAGAAGCGUCCGACGUUCGAGUUCUUGAACCAUUACUUCCAGAACUUUACCGUCACCUCGGAGGUGCCCUAUCGAGAGGUGCAAGACUAAACGGCAGCAGCAGCAGCAGCAGCAGCAACCAGGCUAGAACGAAACUAUAGAGAGAACUCUCUUUUUCGUCCUUCGGGUGGGUCCUAUUAUACUAGUAGUAGCGCGUAGUUUUCGUAGCAGCAGCAGCAGUAGCAAUUAGUCAGGUUAAUCACACACAGACAAACAGACACACAAACACACUUUUACACAGUCAUAAAACAUUACGUUGCAAGUAAUCGCGUAAUUGUGCGUUAAGAGUAUCGUGAACGCGGAAUAAUAAUAAAAUAACGAGCGUUAAAGGUAAGAGACGCUCCUUCGAAAAGAAAAACAAAUCAAGCUUUGCAAGUUGCUCUGCAUAUUGUGGCGUUUUUGAUUUCAUCCAGCAGCAGCUAGAAGGAAGUAGUGUGUAGAGAAGUGAUCGUGAGUGUGAAUGUGAUCGAGAUUUAGAGUGAUGUUGCGUUAUUUGAUUCUUUGAAUUUUCUCUCUAUCAAACCCUUUCUCAUACCAAAGCUAUACAAAAUCAUUAGGUUUAGGUCAUCAGCAUCUUUGCGGGAAGCGGAAGGAGGGUUCUUUUCCAUUUGACAUUUUAUUAGUGCUUUUGAGUUUUGAGCAUUUUAAAACAUUCUUUUCAAGAUAAAUUUUGGAGAAUGGCUAAA